ACUAGUACAUCGCAAUGCAUUCGUAAUCGAUAUGUUACCCUCCAAUUGCCAAAUUGCAAGUUUGGCGAAAAAGAAAUUAUUAAUUUUUGUUACUCUUUUUAUUUUAUUAUUAUCUGAAUGUAGCAACAACUUCAUCCAAAAGAAUUUUCUAAAAAUUUUAGUAUUAUUAUGCGUUAUCUACCUGAUAAAGAUUUUUUUAAAAAGAAGUUUUCUUGGAAGCAUGGUCAUAUCGAAUAAUAAGGCUGUUUUAAUCACAGGCUGCGACACAGGUUUUGGUUUUCACACCGCAAAGAGACUGAGUGAGAAGGGAUUCCAAGUUUUUGCUGGGUGCCUCUCUCCACUUCAAAAUGGAGGCCAAAAUUUAAGCACUUACCCGAACAUACACUGUCUUAAAAUGGAUGUAUCUUUGGAGCAAGACAUUGAGAGUGUGCUGAAUUAUGUCAAAGAGAAUUUAGAAGAUAAAGAGCUUUGGGCGAUCAUCAACAAUGCUGGAAUAAGCAAAGGAUCUGAAAUCGAGAUGACUACCAUUCAGAAAAUGGAAGAAGUUAUUGAUGUCAAUUUGCUCGGUACCAUAAGAGUGACAAAAGCUUUCCUGCCACUGCUUCGAAAAUCAAAAGGUCGAGCAAUCAACGUAGCUAGUGCAGCAGGUAGACUUACACUGCCGGGAUUCGUCACUUACUCGGCAAGUAAGCAAGCCAUUAUAGCAUUCAGUGACGGACUUCGAUUGGAAAUGCAGAAGUUUGGAGUGUCUGUGAUUACAAUAGAACCCUGGAUGUUCAGAACCAGAUUAUCAGAUCCAACAGGGGUCUCCAGGCAUAUUGAGAAGCAGUGGACCGAGGCAGAAGACGAUAUCAGAACAGCUUAUACUGCAGCAUAUGCGACACAAAUCCAGAAGAGCACAAAAGGCUUGUUUGCUUGGGUGAUGGACUCUAAUAUCUGUAAAGUGAUUGAUGCAAUGGAAGCUGCGGUGACAAGCGAAUGUCCUCCGUAUCAUUACAGACCGGGAAGGUGGUACUUGAAUACUUUUCUAACUGCAACGAACUUCUUUCCAAAGUCAUGGAUUGAUUAUUUGAUGUGCCAAUAUGUGUUCAAAAACCACUGAAAAAUUGUCUGGCAUCGAUUUCACAAAUAC